AUGCCCGAUUUCCUGCCUAAAGAAAAACAGACCUACAUUAAAGAGUUUGUUCUUUUGGGCUUUUCCUACAAGCCUGAAGACAAAUAUUUCUUCUUCCUCCUCUUUCUGCUGAUGUACACUGCUGGAUUCCUGGGCAAUACCAUGAUGAUCCUCCUCAUCACCUUAGAAGCGCGACUCCAAACCCCCAUGUACUUCUUACUACGUAGCCUCUCAGUCAUUGAUCUUGGCUUCCUCACAGUCACGGUGCCCCAAAUGCUAGUUCACAUCAUAUCUACUUCCAGGACCAUCCCCUUCUAUUCCUGCCUGGCUCAGUUCUUCUUCUUCUACAUUUUUGGCGUCACUGAUCUCCUUCUCGUGAGUGUCAUGGCCCUGGAUCGCUGUGUAGCGAUUUGUAAUCCUCUUCAUUAUGCCUCAGUGAUGAACCAAAAGGUUUGUGGGCAUUUAGUGGCUGGGUGUUGUAUCGUUUCUAUCUUACACUCCAUGCUGCAUGCCGGCCUGCUCCUGCGUCUCAGUUAUCGAGGGAAAAAUCACCUGGCCCAUUACUUUUGUGACCAUCAGCCCUUGCUGCAGCUGUCCUGCUCAGUCACCCGUGUCAACGAGGCAGUCAUCUUCUUUGAAGGUGUCAUUAUCAUCCUUGGACCUUUCGUCUUCAUCAUCCUCACCUACAUUCGUAUUGUAGUAGCUAUAAUGAAGUUCACUUCUUCUGGGAGACGCAAAGCUUUCUCUACCUGUGGGUCUCACCUGACUAUAGUGGGCCUCUUUUAUGGGGCCAUUAUUGCUGUUUAUUUCUUGCCCACCUCCAGCUAUUCCUCUCAGAGAGGUUCAGUUUUUGCUCUGGUAUACACAGUCAUCACCCCAAUGUCCAACCCUUAUAUCUAUAGUCUCAGGAAUAAAGAAGUGAAAGAUGCUCUGAGAAAUCUCUUGAGAAGAUCCCUAUUUUCUCAAAACUGA